CGACGCAUCAAACAACACGGGACUCUUAUGGCCGUUCCACCCACCUAAGCGCUGAGCCUUUGGACUUUGGACAUUAAGCGUCGAUAAAAUCGGCAAGGCUAAAGAAAACGAUAUUUUAAUUCGUUAUUUGAGGUGUUGGCAUCCCCGGGGAGCCUGAAGCCCGUUAAGGGCGCCGGGAGCAAGCAGAUUACCUAAAACGCGCAGAGACUCUUCUGGUAUUUUUUGGUGAGACGGAGGAGUGCAGACGAAAUAGUCGCAGGACGAGAUAAAAUAUAGGAAUAAUAUUUCCCACAAAGACUUAAAAAAAAACAGCAGAGAAACGACGUGAAGCUUUCGUUCUCUUGUACUUCAUCAUGGUGUCCACAGUUCUUGUUGUGACACUGUGUGUCACACUCAUGUGCAUUCAUGUGACUACAGGUGCAGCCUUUCUUACUCCUGAUUCUGAGGCUCCUCCCACUAUGACUUCUGAUCCCCGCCCCCUGGGUGAGUUGCUCCAUGCUGCGCUGAUGAGUAAGAAGUAUCUUGGCCAGUCCUCUGGCAACAUAGGCACAACCACUAACCCUACCCAGGCUGUUCCUUCUGUUGAACCUGCGUCUACAGUAAUGUCACCAGGUGUUCUCACUACUGCCAUGACCUCCUCAACUGCCCCAAAGUCUGGCCAAUUAGGAGGGAAGGGUGGUGUAACAUCACCACCAUUAGAGGAGGAGACCACAACGACUCUGAUCACCACCACAACAAUAACAACAGUUCACACACCAGUGCAGUGUAAUACUAGCCUGACAGGCAUGGAGGGUAUAGUGGAGUCUCCAGACCAGCUCUCCUCAUCAAUUCCGUUUUCUCCACUUGAAUGCACAUAUAGCAUCACUGUAUACCCAGGAUAUGGGGUAGAAAUACAGGUGAAGAAGGUGAACUUGUCUAAGGAGGAGUCUCUGACAAUUCUGGGACUGGAUGGCUCAGUACCUGAACUUUUAGCCAACGAGACAAUGAUCAGUGAAGGUCAGGUGAUACGCAGUACAACAAAUCAGGUGCAGAUUCACUACCGAAGCCUGAAGCAGACCAACCAUGGCAUUUUCACCCUUCACUACCAAGCAUUCCUCCUCUCCUGCCCAUUCCCUCUGUCUCCUGAGGGGGGCAUAGUCACUGUGACUGACAUUCACCCUGGAGGUCAGGCUCACUUCCACUGUGACCCCAGCUUUCAGGUCAGGGGUCAUGAAGUUGCCACCUGUCUGAACGCCACCCGACCCCACUGGAGCACUCCUGAGCCUCAGUGUAUGGCCGUGUCUUGUGGCGGUUGGAUCAGAAACGCUACAGUGGGACGGAUCCUCUCUCCCACCGUUCCCUCCAGCAGUAACCUCAGCAGUAGCAACUUGAGCUGCCAUUGGUUGCUUGAGGCCAAGGAGGGUCACCGACUACACCUUCAUUUUGAAAGGAUGGCUUUGGAUGAAGACAAUGAUAAAUUGAUUGUCCGCAGUGGGAAUAAUUCCAACACUCCACUUCUUUUUGACUCGGAUCUAGAUGAUGUUCCGGAGCGUGGGAUAGUGAGCGAAGGAUCAUCUUUGUAUCUGGAGCUAACAGCUGACUCUUCCUCCAUCCCUCUGCUGAUGGCACUUCGCUAUGAGGCGUUUGAUGGCGAACACUGUUAUGAACCCUAUGUUCCUCAUGGGAAUUUUAGCAGCAGUGACAUCACCUUCCCUCUUGGAACUACUGUAACCUUCUCCUGCUCUCCUGGAUUUGUCAUGGAGCAAGGAUCGGGGGUUAUGGAGUGUGUCGACUCAAGUGACCCCCACUGGAAUGAGAGUGAGCCUGUGUGCAAAGCUCUAUGUGGCGGGGAGCUAACAGAUGCGACAGGAACCGUGCUGUCUCCCGAUUGGCCACAGAGCUACUCAAAGGGGCAGGACUGUGUGUGGCAGAUUCACGUCAGCGAGGACAAGAGGAUUGAACUGGAUGUACAAAUUUUGAACAUUCGUCAUAAUGAUAUUCUCACCAUAUUUGAUGGCCAUGAUCUGAUGUCCCAUGUGAUUGGUCAGUAUUUGGGGUCACGGGAAAGGUUCCGUGUUGUGUCUGGUGGCUCAGAGGUUACUAUUCAGUUUCAAAGUGACCCUGAUGACUCCAGCUUCAUCCUGAGCCAAGGCUUCCUGAUUCACUAUAGAGAGGUGGAACCUAAUGACACAUGCCCCACUUUGCCACCAAUUGAAUUUGGCUGGAGUAGCUCUUCCCAUGUCUCACUUGUGAGGGGCAGUGUAAUAACAUAUCAGUGCCAACCUGGCUAUGACAUUGUGGGUUCUGACAUCAUUACCUGUCAGUGGGAUCUUUCCUGGAGCAACAGCCCACCUACCUGUGUGAAAAUCCAGCAAUGUCCUGACCCAGGGGAGGUGGUGAAUGGAGCACGCUCAGUGCACCCAGAAUUAGGCUUUGCAGUGGGAACAGUGGUGCGCUUUACCUGUAAUCAAGGUUACCAACUGGAGGGCCCUAGUCAGAUCUCCUGCCAUGGCAGAGACACUGGCAUGCCAAAAUGGAGUGACCGUAGCCCUAAAUGUGUCUUAAAGUAUGAUCCAUGCCCAAAUCCUGGUGUGCCAGACAACGGUUACCAAACUCUGUAUAAACAUAGCUACCAAGCAGGGGAGACUCUGCGCUUUUUCUGUUAUGAAGGCUAUGAGCUGAUUGGAGAGGUCAUCAUCAACUGCGUCCCAGGACACCCCUCUCAGUGGAACAGCCCACCCCCUUUCUGCAAAGUUGCCUAUGAAGAGCUGUUGGAAGAUCACAAACUGGAAGUCUCUCAGUCAUUAGAGGCCUCCCACCAAAUGCUGAGUGAGAACAUUGCAUUGGCCAUCAUCCUGCCCAUCAUCCUGGUCAUCCUUUUGAUUGCUGGAAUAUAUAUGUAUUACACUAAUGUUUGUAGGUUGCAGUGGAAGCCACUAUUUUGGAAGUCCCUGUCACACACCCACUCCUAUAGUCCCAUCACGGUGGAGUCUGACUUUAAUAACCCACUGUAUGAAGCAGGGGACACACGGGAGUAUGAGGUGUCCAUCUGAAGCAGCAAACAAGAGAGAAAUUAAGGAUGGAAAGAAUAUGAAUGGAUGAUAUAAUGUCUGUCUCUCACUUGCAGUCCUUUAACCAAUAUACCUUUUCUUUCUUUUUCACUCUACUUUCAGUAUCUCUCUUGCUCGUUGCUGACUCAUUUAACAGUGUGCGUGUGUCUGUGUUUGUGUGUGUGUGUGUGUGUGUGUGUGUGUGUGUGUGUGUGUGUGUGUGUGUGUGUGUGUAUAUGUGUGUGGAAAGAGAGAAGAGACCGUUAAAGAGUCAAAAAGGUUAAGGAUGAGCUUAAUGAGCUAAUUCUCCACAUCAGAUAUGUUUUCUAUUAUUUAGGUUGGUGCCUUAGGGACUUAACUGAGAUCAAGGUAGUGACAGUCAGGAUGAGGCUAAGGGUUAGUCAGCGACUUGGGGGGAGGGUGGAGAGAGAGAGAGAGAGAGAGAGAGAGAGAGAGAGAGAGAGAGAGAGAGAGAGAUGGAGAGGGGGGGGCUUUUUCACACGGGGACUGAAUCAUAGAAAAGACAGGAGCACACACAAACACACAUAACAACAUGUAAACAAAAACAUCUACUCAUACUCCACUGCACACACAUACACACAUGCAAGAAACACAAUAUAUUGAAUGUAAAUAUUUUGAUUGAAUAUUAUGUAUACAAAACUAAUGUAUACAAAACUGAUCCAGUGCCAAAAUAACGACAUCCCAUAAUGUGACGUCAAAACCAUGUUUCACAGGUUGCCAUAGUAUUUCCUACAUUUAUAAUGUAAUAAUGACCAAUAAUGCCAGCGUUUCAUAAUGUUCUUUGCUGUUUCUUAAAAUCUCUUUCUGCUUAAUGUUGAAUGACUACGGGAUUAAAAGGGUGGAAUGUCUUCAUGCUUAGGGCACGCAACGAUUGUAUAUUUUAUUGCUUCAGCUUAGGAUCCAUUCAAACAGUUAUCCUUACUAUCAUUGUUUAUCAGAGUUGAUGUUGCAUAUGCACUAUGUUGACAAAAAAAUAUAUGAAGAAAAAAGUCAUCUGCUUGCUGUGAUGCAGUAUCAAACUGAACUGCUUUUUAUAAUGUUAUUUUUCAAUUGAAUCAUGGUUUGUUGUUAAUAUUAAGCAGUGAGUUUUUGUCUCUUCCACUGUGCCAUACUUGGAGUCUAUCUGUGGACUCUGUUGCAUUGAAGUGUUACUAAUAUUCAAUUGUUCAUAUUAUUUAUUAAUCAACAUAGUAUAUUGUCAUGAAGGCAUAAUUUAUUUGCUAAGAUUUAAGAAUAAAUAAAGGUCUGUUGGAUGGUGAA